CGAUCGGCGUGCUUGCGAUAACACGUAACUCCGAGCGAAGGGAUUCGCGCGCCGUCUCUAUCUUUCUCCCUCCGGUUCGUCCUGCGCGUUCGAUGACUCGCGGAGGAUCACGUACGCGGUGAGAGAGCCCAACGCACGUCGCAAGAUGAAACGGGGAGGACAACAAGACGAUGGAACCGAGAUGCGUGUCGCGUGAUAAAUAUAUCGUCGAUCAGUUUACGAUCUCCUGACGGAGCGUCGGCGCCAUCUUCCGUCGUUCGCCCAGCGCCGCGGCGAUUUCUCAGAUUGGCACCACUGGCGAUUGAUCGCGCAUACGUGCGUAUUUUACCCAGAAUGCGCGUAUCACGUAGAACCAUGAGCACCAUGGACGGCUCCGCUCGAAUGUAAACAGAAUUCUCUCUCUCGCUCGGUUAUGAAGUGACACGGCCGAACGCGGUUUACGGGCAACGUGAUUAUGUUCGCAUGUGAGCGCGGUGGAUCGUCGCGAGACGCGCAUAGAUUUACCUCCGACCCGGGUCGUCGGCGGAGUGUGCGCGUGUGAGUGGACACCGAGGAGUGUGAGACGAACAGCAGCGACGGCAGGGAUCGUCGUCGGCCGCGGCUCUGAGCUCGGACCCGUUGCGUGCACUCGCGUAAGAUCUCUCUCUCUCUCCCACCCACCCUCUCUCGAUCCGUCUUUCUCUCUCCCUCCGCUCGCUUCCCGUCCGCCUUCCCUCCUUGUGUAUCCGUAAUUCUCACGGUCGCCUAGGAUUUCCCCGAUAUCCACGACGACGAGUAUUCGGAACCGCCUGCGGGAACGACGACUCUUGACGUCCGCUCCAUUGGGAUGAGGAAUUCGACAGGCGGACUCGUCGACGGAGCUGUUACGAGGUGAUAAGGGCGCACAAUGUCCUCUACGAUCGAUGAACGUCCGACACGAGUGCCUGAGGAAAUGAAUCUAUCGUAUAGACAAGACAACGCAACAACAAGGAGACAUGUUGGGCGCCGAUUCGCUCUGGAUGCCAUGUCGUCAAAGUUUCCCACCACUCACGGCAGUUAUACAAAAUGCAACGAUCGCGGUGCAUUCAGCAGGACCGUUUCGUCGGAGAAGGACGACGACGCCGCCGACGAAGACAACGACGACGACGUCAUGCUCGUCGUUACGCUAAGAAGCGAGCGACCGGAUAACGCGGCUCGCUUGUCGUGGAACGCCUUGCCGUCUUCUAGUGCCUUUUCGACUGAUCGAUGUUCGCCAAGCCAGGAACACGAUCGUCCCGUGUACAAUGACAGUACAAUGAAGCACCGAGGUCGCAGUCCUAGAUGGAAGUGCGACGCGAGGAUAUACUCACAUUUAUUUUCGUCAGUUUAUUCGAUAACGAAGAAUUGCUACCGCCGUGUAUUCCGAUCGCACAGCCUGUGGAGAUACGACCACCCGAGGGGGAGCGAUUUCUCGCGAAUCUUUCUCCCUUUCGUUUGCAUUUUCUUCCUUAUGAUGCAUAUGACAGUUCACGCGGAUUCCAUAGAUUCCAUAGCUACCAUAGACGACACAGAUUUCAUAGACACGUAUACACCUAUAAGUAAGAAACCCUGCGUACAGGGUCUGUCAACACCAGGAGUGACUAGGCCGUAUGGUGACAUUAACAUCGAAUAUGGCACGAAACCGCUGAGGAUUAUGUGUAUAUUAGACCCCGAACGGGUUGCCGAAAAGUACCCGGGUAAAACCUCAGCGGAUCUCUAUUUCUUACGCGACGCAACCUUCGUAGACAGAAAGUUUAUCAGUAUAAUCAACGAAACGGCGAUACUGCUGGAGAUACCCAAUCCGGAGCCCUCCAAAGCUCUUUAUACUUGCGGCUUACGCGUAGACACUGGGUUUCAUAACGUAGCAGUUUGUCUCAACGAAGUUGCAAUUGGACACAAGCCUACGAAACCGAUAAGCUUCAAUUGCGUAUCCGAUAAUUGGGAAAGCCUGCAUUGCUCGUGGGUACCGGUGCGUAAUUAUGUCAAGACAACUUACAACCUAACGUUCACAUUGCCUGGAAAGCGCAGCCGAAAAAUAUUCCCCUGUCCGAAGGAUAUAAACGAAACGAAUAAAGACGACACGAAGAAGCUCCAAGAUGUGGGCCCGAUAGAUAAAAACUCGUGCUAUUGGGACACAAAGACCAAUCCCAUUUAUAGACAGCCGUAUGAGACGUACACCUUUAUAUUGUUUGCGUUUAAUCCUUUCGAGAACGCCAGCUUCACGUAUAAAAUGGAUCAUUUUUCUAACGUUAUUCCACGCAGCCCAUGGGACGCGAGGGUGAUCAAUAUAAGACCGGACAGCGCGAGGCUACGAUGGAGCCUGCCGUUUCCGUUGCAAAACUUCCCAGCCGGUGUGCACCACAGAAUCAUGUAUCAGAAUCAGCUGCACAGCAACAGCAAGAACGCUACCUGGACGGUUAUCAAUAUCACCGACAAGGUGCGCGAGGAACACAAAGAGUACCUUCUUACCAACCUGGACUGUGGCUAUUGCGAGUUCGACGUUCGCAUUCUUCUGAAGAGCGCGACCGCCGAAGACGUUGAACGUAUGUGGAGCAAACCUGCCGUCAUCAAAUUCCGAACAAUGUCAAGCGCGCCGAGUUUUCCGCCACGAACCGACAUUGGUAGCUUCGAGAUCGUGGAGAUCGACGAUAAAAGCAGGGACGUAUUCCUAUAUUGGCAGAGGAUACCGCAGAACCACCAGAACGGAGAGAACUUUAUGUACGAGGUCGAUUAUGUGGAGAAGAACGGUGUUGAUGCAAAUCUGAAGAACAGGAACUCCACUGUUGCAUAUGUGAAGUACAAUAUAACCACGGACAGCAAGUAUCUCUUUAAGAUCGCGUCGAAAAAUGAAGUUGGCCCGAGCAGUCGCUCCGAGAUAAUCGUGCCAACUCAAUCCGAGGUCAUCUCACUCGAACCGAAUGCCUUCACGAAGAUUGCUUACAACGAGACGUUGUACGAGUUGUCUUGGAAACCGCCAAUCUCCGAGAACAUCAAGAACUACACGAUCUUCUGGUGCGAAGACAUCCGUGAUCGUCCAUAUCAGUGCACUGGUUAUCUCGAUUGGGUACACGUGCCGAAGAACACCACCAUGUACAACGUGACCGUGUCUAAUCCGUCCAAGGUAUACCAGUUCGCGAUCUCCAGUAACACCGAGCGGACCAGCAGCGGCAUGGUGUGGGCCUCGUGUACUGUGAUACACAACAAGGUAACUAGCAAGAUGAAGGACGUGUGGAUAAACAGCAUCGGUUCGAGAUCCAUCGAGGUCGGGUGGAAGCUGGACUGCUCGGAUCGCGUCGGUAUCAUCGACGGUUUCAACAUCUAUUACUGCCCUAUUAUAUCGCCUUACAAGCAGCAAUGUCAGGAGAACACGAGGAAGAACAUCACUAUCGUGGCCGGGCCGCAUACGAUACACGGCACCGCUCGUGAGCUACAACCAUAUACCACGUACAUGUUAUACGUCACGGUCUUGACCAAGUUCGGUGAGGGUUCCAACAGCGACUCUCUGUUCAACACCACCCUCGAGGACGCGCCUAGCACCCCUCCACAGGACCUGCAAGUCGUGAACGUAACAAACACAACGAUUACUCUCGAGUGGAAACCGCCUCAGGAGAUGAACGGCGUGCUGAGAUACUACGAGGUGCGGUACAACGGUCGCGUGCUGAAAGUUGAGGAUGCCGACGUGCUUAGUAUUCAAGUAACGGAUUUGGAGCCGUACACCAAAUACAACAUCUCCGUGCGCGCCUGCACUAUAUCGUGCAGCAAUGUGACAUCGGUGGAGCAGAUAACGGAGAUCGGCAUACCCGGCAAGAUACACUUGCCUUACGUCUACUCGACGAACGGUAGCGAAGUUGUUCUCAAGUGGUACCAGCCGAAGAACAGCGGCGGCCCGGUGCACUAUUACGAGAUAAUACUGCACAACAACCAGCAUAUCCAGUACACCAACGCGUCAGAAAUACGACUGUCUAUUCCUGACUGCAAGGACGUCAGCGAUCCGCAAGAGCCGUCUUAUCUCUUCCGAGUCAGAGCUGUGAAUAUCGUUAACGAGACACAGCUGAAAGGGCCUUGGUCUGACCCGGUAGAAGUAAACUGUCACUCCGACGGACCGUCCUUUGCAGCAUGGCUCAUGAUUUGUAUCACCGGCAUUAUCGGAAUCGGGGUGUUCUUCAGCUGCCUCGUAUAUGGUUCGAGAAGGAUGUGGUCGAAGUGCAGGGCGAUGCAAGACGUGGAAGUGAAAUUACCGCCCGGGCUCGCUCCGAACAUAAAACUGCUGCCGAGCGUCGGCGAGCAACACAUGCGACAGCCGUCCGCCGAUUCCAGUGGCUGCUCGAGCGCCCAGGAUUCCGUCACCUCCUCAUUGACGACCAACUCGCAGGUCUCCAACGACAGCGGCACGGACAUGGCAUCGGACCCAGCGUCGCCGGACAAGUUGUUGGAGUCGCUGCCAAGCUGGGAGUCGAAGAGGGUGCGGCAGAGGAACGUCGGUAACGCACGCUCGACGGAGAACGGCCAAUGGGAGUCGUACGUCAAGGUCGCCAAGUCGGGCGAGCCGGUGCUGGGCGAGACGCUGUCGCUGACGCGCUCCACGCCGAACCUGACGGAGAGCGCCGGCUGCACGACCUCGCAGCACACGUGGUCCUCCACCGGCUACAUCAGCAUGCCGUCUUCCGAGGAGGCGUCGUCCAAUCCCAGCCCGGUGCCGAGGGAGAACCCGUUCAUCGUCGGUGCCGUUCCCGGCACCGCCGCCAACUACAGCGUCGUCGGCUCCAUGCCUAAGCAGAGCAAGCCGUGCGAGGAGCCGACGGCCGGCGGCAGAACGGCCGUUGGCGACGCUCUGAUAACCCUGCAGAUGGAGGCUACCAAGUCCUCGAAGCCGUACAUCGCGCUCUCCGCCUUGGAGAAGAAGCUGAAGAAGUCGAAGCACGCGGCCGACACGUUGGAUCUGGACGAACUGACCUUCGUCGAGCCGGACAAGUGCAAUAAUAACCCGGACGCGCAAGCGCCCUCGCAAUUCGACCCAGACGCUGACAAGAUCUCCAAGCCGUACGUGCAGACCGGGCUGAUAGACACGCUGGAGAAGCAGUAUCUCUUGAAACCGAUCGUCGACACGAAGAGGAACCUGCUGUGCGGCUCCUUCAUGUCGACCGGCUCCCACGGCAAGCCCUUCGCACCGGCUUCGUUCCUGCCGUCGUUCCCGCCGACUCCCGAGUCGGCUACCUCGUCGAAGCCCUACGUCGCUGUGUCGUCGAUCACGGAAGAGAUGACGCCGACGUCGCCGGCUCACGCUGCCAACGAGUCGCGGAGGCCGUACGUCCAGCACGCGAUCCCCGCUCUAGCGAAUUCGAAGUUCUCCUCCAAGCCGUACACGCUCGCGAGCUUGCAGCAGCAACGGGAAAAGGCGGAUUUGUGCGCGAGGAUGACGGACGACGACGAGAGCUGCAAGAAGGUCGACGACAAGAGCGCCAAGGUAGAACCGAACAGGCCCGUCUUCGCCAAGCAAAGCACCGGCUACGUCACGCUGGCCGAGAAUCCCAGCUUGGGCAAGCUGAAGCCGGCGCCGAAGCAGCUGGAGAAACCGGCACAGCAGCCGUCGACGACGACCAGCCAGUCGGCUGACGGGCAGUACAGUAAGGUGACGGUUGUGCCAAGUACAAUGUAG